CCGGGGGAAGCCUUUGUUUUGAGGGAGGGGCCGCGCCUGCCUCUAGCUGCGGCCCGCGCGUCCCGCCUCCUGCGCGGGGCCGAGCGCGGCGCCCCGGGUGUCCGCCGGGUCUGCUGGCCGGGCCGACGCCUGCUGGGCGCUGCCGGCGGCGCGCUCCCAGCGAGGCUGGCGCCGGGUCCCUCCGCGCCCCAUCGCUCUCCCUUUGUGUCCGCGCCGGGAACGGCCCUGCUGGGCCCCCCUCGGCGAGCGUGCGCGCCGCCGCGUCCCGCCCGGUCCCCGCGUCGCGCACCCCGCGCGCACGGGAAAUGCUUCCGGACGCGCAGCUGAGACCCGGACGACCCGCGGCCCGGGCCUCGGAGGCGUCCCUGGCUGACAGCUGUAGGCGGCGGAGACGCCCCGUGCCUGUCCGCCGCGCCGCCCCUCCGGCGUCCGCGGGGCACCGGGGGCACUGCCCGCGCGGGCUCGGGGACGGACAGGACGAAGCGCCCAGGCCUGGGAGGCGGGGGACACGAAGACUGCACGGCAGGGCCCGCCCCUCGGAUGCGCCGCCUCACAGAGAGAUGAAGGGGCAGCAGAAAGCAGCUGAAGCGGAAGAGGGCACGGUGCAGAUCCAGGAAGGCGCAGUAGCAACUGGGGAGGACCCCACCAGUGUGGCCAUCGCCAGCAUCCAGUCCGCGGCCACCUUCCCUGACCCCAACGUCAAGUACGUCUUCCGAACUGAGAAUGGGGGCCAGGUGAUGUACAGGGUGAUCCAGGUGUCUGAGGGGCAGCUGGAUGGCCAGACUGAGGGGACUGGCGCCAUUAGUGGCUACCCUGCCACUCAGUCCAUGACCCAGGCGGUGAUCCAAGGGGCGUUCACCAGUGACGACGCAGUGGACACGGAGGGGACAGCGGCCGAGACGCACUACACGUACUUCCCUGGCACGGCCGUGGGAGAUGGGGCUGCGGGGGCCACGUCGGGUGGCACCGCGGCGGUCGUCACCACGCAGGGCUCGGAGGCGCUGCUGGGGCAGGCCACGCCCCCCAGCACCGGCCAGUUCUUCGUGAUGAUGUCGCCACAGGAAGUGCUGCAGGGAGGAAGCCAGCGCUCCAUCGCCCCCAGGACCCACCCUUACUCCCCGAAGUCAGAAGCCCCCAGGACGACGCGGGACGAGAAGCGCAGGGCUCAGCAUAAUGAAGUGGAGCGGCGCCGCCGGGACAAGAUCAACAACUGGAUCGUGCAGCUGUCCAAGAUCAUCCCAGACUGCUCCAUGGAGAGCACCAAGUCGGGCCAGAGCAAGGGCGGGAUCCUGUCCAAGGCCUGUGACUACAUCCAGGAGCUCCGGCAGAGCAACCACCGGCUGUCCGAGGAGCUGCAGGGGCUCGACCAGCUGCAGCUGGACAACGAUGUGCUCCGCCAGCAGGUGGAAGACCUCAAAAACAAGAACCUGCUGCUCCGAGCCCAGCUGCGGCACCACGGGGUGGAGGUGGUCAUCAAGCACGACAGCAACUGACUGGGUGUCCCUGUCCUGGAACGGCAGAAAGCCCUGGAGCCCCGGGCUCCCCCUGUGCCCCCUUCCUUUGCUGCCCAUUUCCGGCAAGAGACUGGGAGCAGUUCAGGGGGCAGGCCCCGACAGCAGCGGACAGCGGUGUGAAACCUGGGACUGCCCUGCCAGCCCGGCCCGGCCGCCGUGCAGCCCCGGCCCCCCUGGCACAGAGCCCGCGCUGUCGGGGUGGACACUGGACCCACCGAGUGGGGUUUGUCUGGUGCGGGCUUCCGGAACCGGCAGAGGGUCUGCUGACGGGUGACCCUGGCGGCCCUGGCGGCGCUUCUGCCGCCCCGUCUCCCUGGAGCUCAGCUGUGCCCCCGAGGGCGCCAGGGAUCUGGCGGGGAAAGCAGCCGGGCGCUGCGGCGGGAGGAGGCGAGGCGGGUGGGCGGGCGGCAAUGAGACCUGCGCAGAAGUCCAGGGAGGACCAGAGACGGGGCCCGCAUGCGGCCUUUCCACUCGGGGGACGGUUUCCCCUCUUUUUCUUUUUUU